AUGGGUAUCAUCGCAGCCAUACCUCGAAAUAUACGUCGACAAGCAGAUUACAUUUAUCGAAGACCAGAUGUAGCAUUCGAACUACCUUCAUCAAAUCAAGUGCCUAACAGAAUUCCAAGUUCUUCAUCAACAGAACAAUCGUCACAAAACAUACAGUAUUAUAAAUAUCCUUCACCUCCAUCAUAUAAUUAUCCUCUUCCUGCUUCUUCCCCUACCUUAAGAGAAUCACCACCAUCGAUUCCAGCAUUCUCUUCACUAUCUCUAUCACCAACUCCUGGUUACUUACCUCCGCCAUCUCCAUCUCCUUAUAAUAAACAUAUUCCUAUUUCACAACCACUGCCGACAUCAAAUUAUUUACCUCCGCCAUCUUCACCUCCUAUUUCACAACCAAUACCGACAUCAAAUUAUUUACCUCCGCCAUCUCCACCUCCUAUUCCACAACGACUACCGACAUCAAAUUAUUUACCUCCGCCAUCUCCACCUCCUAUUCCACAACGACUACCGACAUCAAAUUAUUUACCUCCGCCAUCUCCACCUCCUAUUUCACAACCACUACCGAUAUCAAAUUAUUUACCUCCGCCAUCUCCACCUCCUUAUAAUUAUAACAUUCCUAAUUCACGACAGCAACCGACUUCAAAUAAUUUACCUCCAUCUCAGCCAACUCCUCAUCCUUUAUUCUCUACACCAUCGUCCUAUAACUAUCCCUCUCCCACUCCAAAACUUUUAGCACCUAGACGAGAAUACUUACCUCCACCUACCUCUAAACCAUUUUUUCCAUCAGCGCCUUCAUAUAAUAAUACUGUUACUGUACUACCAUACCCAUCUUCUCCACAAUCGACUCUUCACCCUUCAUAUAACUACUACUCCCCUAACCCACCCCCUUCUCCAUCAUCACAUAAUUAUCCCUCUCAUACUCCACCACCGCUAUCAUCAACUUCAGGUCAUUCACCACCCCCAACUCCCAAUCCUUCUUAUCCGUCACCAGCUUCUUAUAGCAAUCUUAUACACACACCACCACCGCGACUGAAUCCAAGUUAUUUACCUCCACUUGUUUCUUAAUCUUAAUAUAAUUUAAUUUCAAUCGCAAAAAAGGUUUAAAUUGAUAAGUAUGAGCGUUAGCUAAAAAUCCAUUUACAGGAUCCUUUAUAAGGUUCCUCUACAGAAACUCUGAAGGAUCCUUCUGGGAUCCUUUACAGUAUCCUACAUGUUCCACUGCAGGAGCAUUAGCUAUCAAUAAUAUAGGUAGAGGUUAUCACUUGGUCAAAUAUAUAAAACAACAGAUAAAAUAUAUCAAUCCAUCCAAGUCAAGUUAAUAAUAAAAAACACACAUAUCUCGUUUUGACAUGUGUGUUUCUCUAUCAGUGUGUUUACACUUAUAAUAUAUCUUAUUAGCACUCGAAACGCGGGUCAUUGACCUACAAUACACAAAAAUUUGUACAUUUUUCUCUUUGCGUUUAGUUUAUUAAUCGAUGUCUGACAAUGAAUAUUAAUUGUGAUGUGUCUGUCGAAACGUCAAAACGAGACAUGUGUUUUUUUAUUAUUAACCUGACUUGGAUGGAUUGAUAUAUUUUAUCUAUUGUUUUAUUAGCAAUCAAUGUUUCAUGUAAAAGUUUCUCCAGGCCGAUAAACCUUGUACAAUAUCAUACGUAAGAACUUAUGCAAGAAAAUUGACAAGUACUUAUAUAUGAACUUACAUACGUUCCACCCAAGGCUUUGGAACAAUGAACAUGUACAUGAACAUGCAAAUGUUCUUUUAAUGGUAACUUAAGAUAACGAAAAAUACGAGUUCACACUUGUGUACUUAUACAAGAUCGUGCAUAAGUUCAUCUGCAGUUUCGUUUAUUAAUUUUUUAUUUAUGCAAACUAUAAAGA